AUGCCGAACCUCCCAGAAGAUAUCGUUGACAACAUUCUAAUGAAGUUACAAGCUGCAAAUUCAAUAUGUAGAUUCAGGUGUGUUUCCAAACACUGGUGCAGUUUACUCAAUAACGAUGAUUUUAUGAAUUCUCGUCUUAAACACAGCAUAGAAACUGAAAAAAUAAAUUGUUUAUCAGUAAAAGGUGAUGAUUAUACUUAUGAGUUUUACAUGCAUAUCACAAAAUCCACAUCAUUAUGUACAGUAUUUGAAAGUGAACGCUGUGAGUCUGUUAAGAUGGAUUCUCCAUUCAAAGAUACAAGUCUAUCGGUUGAAAUUAUUGGUUAUUCCUAUGGUUUGAUUUUGAUGAGAAUCCAUAAUAACUGUUAUUGGAGAACAACUCGAAGGGAAUGCCAAUAUUUCCUUUGGAUUCCAUGUACUAGAGAGCUCAAAGAAAUAUUAUUUCCAAAAGUCGAAGCUGGAUCAGAGGAUUAUCAAAAGAUCGAUCUAUAUGACGUACGCAGUGUUACAUAUGGUGUUAAUCUUAAUUGUGAUUCCAAUGGUUACCAGACUGUGGUAGCUACCUGCAAUGGUAGUUAUGCGCUCGGUGUUUGUUAUGGUACUGAAAUUCAGGUUUAUUCAUCAGAAUUGAACUUGUGGAAAACUAAUGUAAAGUAA